AUGCAAUUACGUAUGAUCCUUCGCCGUUUACCCAUAUGUUUUGAUACAUAUAGUUUUUCCACCAAGUGUAAUCACGCCGUUUUUUAUAAGAGUGGAACAGGUCUCGAACCUCGUCGCAGCAUCUCUUCAGCAUCUGGAAAUACAAUUGUUAACGGCACCUCGUAUCCAACUGACUCGUGGACUAAUGUGUCCCCUAAGAUUGCGUCUUCUACCCUGCGUCGCCUUCAUCUAGAGUUGGAUCACCCUAUAUCCAUAACCCGUUCUCUAAUUGAAUCGUGUUUCCCACAUCCAACUUUUAGAUACUACAAUGAAUUCUCACCUGUUGUCAGUGUGCAUCAAAACUUUGACUCUCUUGGAUUUCCCCCUAAUCAUCCUGGCCGCUCCAAGACAGAUACCUAUUACAUUAACUCCACCACGCUCCUUCGGACACACACCUCGGCACAUCAAACUGAUGUCUUCCGCAAAAAUCUCAGUGCAGGUUACUUAAUCAGUGCAGACGUGUAUCGCCGAGAUGCAAUUGACAAAAGUCAUUACCCGAUAUUUCAUCAAAUGGAGGGAGCGCGGACUUGGGAGCGUAGCGGUGUUCAUAAUAAAGAAACAAUAUCUAAUAUAUGGAAAGAUUUCGAAAAGCUCCCGAGUCACAAUAUGAAGGUUGAAGAUUCUACAGGCUUUAUGCAUCAUGAGCGUAAUCCUAUACAAAAGACGCAUCUAUCCGAGGAAGUAGAAGCUAUGACAGCUCAUCUCAAGCGAAGUCUUGAGCUCGUAAUCGCAGAGGUAUUUUCGCGGGCUAAAUUAGGAGCACCUACCGAGUCACGGCUUACAGACGAACCGUUGAGAAUCCGAUGGGUAGAAACAUACUUUCCUUUCACGUUACCCUCCUGGGAGCUUGAAAUAUUUUGGCAGGGAGAUUGGCUUGAAGUUCUUGGUUGUGGAAUCGUCAAACAAAACAUUCUUAUCAAUGCAGAUGUUCCAAAUCGACUAGGUUGGGCUUUUGGAAUUGGACUGGAAAGAAUUGCAAUGUUACUCUUCGAAAUUCCCGAUAUCCGACUCUUUUGGUGCCAGGACCAACGAUUCUUGAAUCAAUUCGAGGGUCUAAGCCAAAAUAUAAACCAAAUCAGGAGGUUUAAGCCGUUUUCAAAAUAUCCUGCAACCUACAAAGACGUAUCAUUUUGGAUUAUUGACGGUGAGGUUACGAAGAGCAGUAACUUGGCUGAUAGAACUCACGAAAACGACAUUAUGCAGGUUGUAAGAGAUAUUGCUGGUGAUGUUGUCGAGGAUGUAAAAAAAAUUGACGAAUUUCAGCAUCCGAGGACUGGAAGAAUUAGCUGGUGUUACAGAAUCAAUUAUCGGAGUUUAGAAAAGACGCUAACCAGCGCCGAGGCAAAUAAAUUACAUGAUAACGUUAAAUCCGAACUUGUUGACAGGCUGGGCAUUGAAUUAAGAUGA